CCUCGGUCAGAGAGUUGUUUGCGGGAUCUACUGUGUGUGUGUCCUGACAUGUGACGAAGAGGAGGAGGAGAGGUGGGGGGAGUGAAGCAAAGCUAUGAACAACAAGGAGGGAGUCGGGGAGGGAUUUACAGUUAACUAUGCUUAUCUGGAAGUGAUACGGUAGCCGACAAAAGUGUCCCCAUAGUCUUCUUUUCUUUUUGGUGUGUGUCAACUCGGUUGCUCCAUUGAAGGCCUGAAUCGGUUUAAGUUUAUUUGCUGUCUGACGUUAGCUCGCGGUGCUAGCUACGUCCUGCUGGUGAAUUCAAACAACUUGUCAGCAGCCGAUCGAUCCUGGACGGGACUCUGGACUGGCUUCGCUACUUAAUUAUUUUAGCCUGUUGGCAAAUUCUCGUAACCCCCAAAUCUUCUGAAUCAGCAGCAGUAUUGGGAGAGUGGUGCUAUGAUGGCAACGUGACAGGACGGGAGUCGCUGAGUCAGCUUCAACAGAAGCCAUGGAAGGGUUUCAGCAAACUGCUACAGAGCAGCACAACAGGGUGAAUGGCUGCUGCAAACCCAAGUCUCCACACAACACGUAUGAUGAGUCUGGAGGUUCAGACAGCUGUGGGGGGGCAAGUGUGUCAGAUCUGACAGACCUGCAAGAGUUGAAGACCAGGGAAAGUGAGGAUGAGGAGGAGAAGGAGGUGGAGCCUGACUCUGUAGGCCUGAAAGGGGACCAGAAGAACAAAAAGAGUCUGGAUCAGGAGGAGAACAUUCACAGCACACAGAACAGCAGUGCAGCACUCAGCUAUACAGACCUGUCCCAUACCUCAUCUCCCUCACUGUCAGAACAGCUGCGUCUUGGCCGAGAAGACAGCACAGGGUCUGGCAUCAGUGUGGAGUGUAAGGUCUGUGGGGACAAGGCCUCUGGCUUCCACUAUGGUGUGCAUGCCUGUGAAGGCUGCAAGGGCUUUUUCCGGCGAACUGUGCGAAUGAAACUGGAGUAUGAGCGUUGUGAGCGUUCUUGCAAGAUUCAGAAGAAGAAUCGUAACAAGUGCCAAUAUUGUCGUUUCCAGAAGUGCCUCUCUUUGGGAAUGUCUCAUGAUGCUAUCCGAUAUGGACGUAUGCCUGAGGCAGAGAGGAAGAAGCUGGUGGCAAGCCUGCUCGCAGAACCGAACCAUGGAAAACCAGGUGGCUCGGACCUCAAGUCCUUGGCCAAACAAGUCAACAUAGCCUACCUGAAGAACCUCAGUAUGACCAAGAAGAGGGCCCGCAGCAUCCUGAUGGGCAAAACCAGCAGCACUGCGCCAUUUGUGAUUUACGAUGUGGACACGCUCUGGAAAGCAGAAAGUGGUGUGGUAUGGAGCCAGUUAACUCCAGGUGCGCCCUUGACCAAGGAGAUUGGGGUCCAUGUGUUCUACCGCUGCCAGUGCACUACGGUGGAGACUGUGCGAGAGCUCACCGAGUUUGCCAAGUGCAUUCCAGGGUUUGUAGACCUCUUCCUUAAUGACCAGGUUACUUUGCUGAAGUAUGGUGUGCAUGAGGCUAUUUUUGCCAUGCUGCCAUCGCUCAUGAAUAAAGAUGGACUGCUGGUGGCCAAUGGUAAAGGCUUUGUGACCAGAGAGUUCCUGCGCAGCUUAAGAAAGCCCUUUGGUGAGAUCAUGGAACCCAAGUUUGAGUUUGCUGUCAAGUUUAAUGCUCUGGAACUGGAUGACAGCGACCUGGCCCUGUUUGUUGCUGCAAUUAUUCUCUGUGGAGAUCGUCCCGGGUUAAUGAACGUGAAGCAGGUGGAGCAGAGUCAGGACAACAUCCUCCAGGCCCUGGACCUCCACCUGCAAGCAAACCACUCUGACUCCAUCUGCCUCUUCCCAAAGCUGCUGCAGAAGAUGGCUGACCUCCGUCAGCUGGUUACUGAGAACGCUCAGCUUGUCCAAAAGAUAAAAAAAACGGAGUCUGAGACUUCACUCCACCCUCUACUACAGGAGAUCUAUAAAGACAUGUAUUAGUAUUCUCCAGCUCAGACUGCUUUUAGCAAUACUGUUACAAACUGAAGUUACAUUUAUAAUAAAGACACUGCAUUCAGUACAAGCACUGUUCCACAUUUGGGCAUGGAUUUUAGCAUGCAGAUGAGGCAAAGUUACAUGGUAGGGCUAACACAAUCAGCAGUGUCUUCACAAUGUCAGCAUUAACUUCUGCACAGUAGUGUGUGUGUGUGUGUGUGUGUGUGUGUGUGCGCGUGUGUGUGUAUGUAUUUAGAUGAGAAGAGCAUCUGGAAUCAUUUGCUGCAGACCCAAGUUUCCCACAAUGAUCACUUAACAGAGAGAAUGAUAUGUUUUCUCACCAAGGCUGCUUCUAUUUUAUCCAAAUAGUAAAACUGACCCCAGAGCAGUGUCAAAAGAGCGCUUCUCCUCACUCAACCUGCUUGUUUUGCUGUAAAGAAAAAGUGUUUCAUGUUCUUAUAUCAAUGGAACAAGUGAAAACAAAAAAGAGUUGUCAGUUUGUGCUUGGCAAGAGUUUCUGUAGAUGCCAGAGUCUUGCCUAGAGUGAUUGUUCUCAGACUUGGUGAAGAUGCACAAAUAGGUUUUUGUUUAUAUCCUCAUCAUCAAUGGCCACUGUCUUAGACAUUUGGUUUAUAGAACACAAACUGGGCUGGCUCCAACAGUGUAGAGCUCUUUGUGCAAUACCAUUUCCACUUGUCAAAUGUGGAUAUCCAUGCUUUUUAGGUUUUGUCUUAAAGCCAUGAAUCCAAGUGGUAACUCUGGACUCAGAUGCUGACACAAUGAACACAUGACCUGUUGAAAUACAAGGGACAGCAUGCUUUUCUUUCUUUCUUUUUUUUUUGUUUGUUUGACAUGGAAAUUAUCUUUGAACUUGACAUUUAAAGGUUUUUCUUAGUUUAUUCUUUGUAAUUAUGUUACUAAUUAUUUGUAAUUGUUGGUCAUAGUUGAAAUGGCAAAACAUGCAUUCUCACCAUGUUUUAUGUAUAAAGUAUGUGUUCUUUUGUAUGACAUGAUUGCCUGUUGAGGUUGUACCAAAUAUAUCAUCAAGCAUACCAACAAACUUUUCCUUAAUGAGGAAUUUGGAUCAAUGCCUUAGCAGGAUUUACCUGAAACCAGCAUACUGAUAAGAAAUCAACAUCCUGCAGUAAUCAUUUCUGUAGUCACCCAAGAUAUAACCACAGUCCUAAAUUACUGCCCAAUUUGUGUACAGUCUGAUUUGUUUUGAAAGGUACAGAGUGUAACAGCCUUACAAUACUGUAGCCAGAACUCAUACGUUUCCUAAGUGUUUAUAUCCAUAUUCUGUAGGGUGUUUGUUUUUAUCUGUACUUAUUCUGAAUGGACUUCAGUAUGUCAGUAAUGGUGCACAAGUCCACCGUCAGAAGUCUCCUCUUGUGCUCUUAUUCUGUCUUGAUCCCUAUCUACCUCUAAUGUAUAAUCUGUGACAUUAUUCCAUUGUCAUCUAAUCGCUGACAUUUUAUUUGCCUUGAUUCCUGUUUUUGAUAUACAUUGCAAAUUUGAUAUUAUUAGCUGAUGUGUGGUGUGCCAAGCUAGCAAAGGGUGUGGAUGGAUAAAAUGAGAAAGCAUACCAAAAAAAGUUGAUGUAAGCUACCUCUA